AUGGUGGAGUACCUCUAUAAGCAUCCAGAUAAACACAUCAGCAUUAAAGGAAUAAGCAGAGCCACUGGGAUGUGUCCACAUGACAUUGCUGCUACUCUCCAGAACCUCCGCAUGAUUGACAGACAGGACGGCAGGUCAGUCUUAACUCACACAGUCGCUCUGUGUGUGUGUGUGUGUGUGUGUGUGUGUGUGUGUGUGUGUGUGUGUGUGUGUGUGUGUGUGUGUGUGUGUGUGUGUGUGUGUGUGUGUGUGUGUGUGUGUGUGUGUGUGUGUGUGUGUGUGUGUGUGUGUGUGUGUGUGUGUGUGUGUGUGUGUGUGUGUGUGUGUGUGUGUGUGUGUGUGUGUGUGUGUGUGUGUGUGUGUGUGUGUGUGUGUGUGUGUGUGUGUGUGUGUGUGUGUGUGUGUGUGUGUGUGUGUGUGUGUGUGUGUGUGUGUGUGCGUGCGUGCGUGCGUGCGUGCGUGCGUGUCUGUGUGUCUGUGCAUGCGUGCGUGUGUGUAUGCGUGCGUGUUCCCUCCUUCCUGACAGCCAGGCUACUGGGUGUUUUGAACAUGUUAUCCAUUAAUGCAGCAGAAUGUUGAGGCAGGUUAAGUGACAGACUGACAGAAGAGCCCCUGCUGCUAUUCCAUCCUGAGAAUCCUCUUUCAGCUUUAUUAACUUACACUACGCCAUGCAUCAUGUGGAUUCAUUCUUAUACAGAUGGUCUUUUUGUUAUUGGUUUACUGUUUAAGCACUUUGACAGUACUCACUGACAAUUGCUAAUGUAAAAAGGGCUUUAUAAAAAUAUUUGAUUGUUUGAUUAAUUGCUGUAUGAUUUCUGUCUAGGUAUGUAGUGAUCAGAACGGAUUGAUUGAUUGAUCUUGUUGAUUUAUUACUCUAGGUUUGUGGUAAUCAGAAUGAAUUGAUUGAUCUUGUUGAUUAUUGCUCUCUAGGUUUGUUGUGAUCAGAAUAUAUUCAGUGUUUCCCCUAUAUUCAUUUAGCAGAGGCGGGCCACUCCAGAUUAUAUGAUUUUAAAUAAAUCUAUUAAAUACAUUUUAAAGAAUCGGGAUGGUAAAACCUUUUCAGUGUAAACUUAAACGAUUAAAAACAGAUAUUCGGUUCGCCAAACCGUUCGGACGCUACAGACGAUUUUGUGAGAAGACCGAUCUUCGGGAUGUUUCAUGGUCUGACAACUCUGUCACCUUUCACCUUUCACCUUUCACCUUUCACCGCAGAUUCAAAAGUGCAACAUGCGGUGGAUUGAGGUGCUUGCAAAAGUAUUAACCCCCCUUGGCAUUUUUCCUAUUUUGUUGCCUUACAACCUGGAAUUAAAAUUGAUUUUUUUGGGGGUUUGUAUCAUUUGAUUUACACAACAUGCCUACCACUUUGAAGAUGCAAAAUAUGUUUAAUUGUGAAACAAACAAGAAAUAAGACCAAAAAAAAACAGAACUUGAGCGUGCAUAACUAUUCACCCCCUCCAAAGUCAAUACUUUGUAGAGCUACCUUUUGCAGCAAUUACAGCUGCAAGUCUCUUGGGGUAUGUCUCUAUAAGCUUGGCACAUCUAGCCACUGGGAUUUUUGCCCAUUCUUCAAGGCAAAACUGCUCCAGCUCCUUCAAGUUGGAUGGGUUCCGCUGGUGUACAUCAAUCUUUAAGUCAUACCACAGAUUCUCAAUUGGAUUGAGGUCUGGGCUUUGACUAGGCCAUUCCAAGACAUUUGCUUAGGGUUUCUUUAAAGUCUCACUGCCUCCUUCUCACAAAUGAUCCCCAAAAAAUAAAUAAAGUUGGUUCAACACAGUGGCGGGUCAUUUUGACCCUAGGACAACGGGAGGGUUAAAGUAGUCAAAAGUGUAAUAUUUGGUCCCAUAUUCCUAGCACGCAAUGAUUACAUCAAGCUUGUGACUCUACAGAUUUGUUGGAUGCAUUUGUUUGUUUUGGUUGAGUUUCAGAUUAUUUUUUGCCCAAUAGAAAUGAAUGGUAAAUAAUGUAUUGUGUCAUUUUGGAGUCACAUUUAUUGUAAAUAAGAAUAUAAUAUGUUCCUAAACACUUUUACAUUAAUGUGGAUGCUACCAUGAUUACGGAUAAUCCUGAAUGAAUCGUGAGAAAGUUACUGACGCACAAAUAUCAUACCCCCCCCCAAAAAAAAUUAUGCUAACCUCCCUUGUUAUUGUAAUGGAGAGAGGUUAGCAUGUCCUGGGGGUAUGGUAUUUGUGCGUAUGUACAGUGCAUUCGGAAAGUAUAACCCAUAAUGACAAAGCAAAAACAGAUUUUUAGAAAUGUUUGCUAAUUUAUAAAACAAAAAACAGAAAUGUUACAUUUACGUAAGUAUUCAGACCCUUUACUCAAUACUUUGUUGAAUAACCUUUGACAGCGAUUACAGCCUUGAGUUUUCUUGGGUAUGACGCUACAAGCUUGGCACACCUGUAUUUGGGGAGUUUCUCCCAUUCUUCUCUGCAGAUCCUCUCAAGCUCUGUCAGGUUGGAUGGGGAGUGUCGCUGCACAGCUAUUUUCAGGUCUCUCCAGAGAUGUUAGAUCGGGUUCAAGUCUAGGCUCUGGCUGGGCAGGGGCGCAUGGGUGAGCCAGGCCCACCCAUGGCUGUGCCCCUGCCUAGUAAUGUGAAAUCUAUAGUUUAGGGACUAAUUAAUUUAUUUAAAUUGACUGAUUUCCUUAUGAACUGUAACUCAGCAGAAUCUUAGAAAUUGUUGCAUGUUGCGUUUAUAUUUUUGUUCAGUAUAGUUCUAGACUUGAUUCCUCCUGUGAAUGAUUUGAAUUCUCUGUAGAGAAACGGUGCUUUGGGCUCACAUAAAAAAAUUGAACUAAAUGGAAUUCAAGUAAUUAAACCGGAGUCUGUGAAUUAGUUGUUUAAUAACCCCCCCCCAAAAAAAAACGACAUGUCGGUUAAUCGCUCAGCGCUAUUUAAAACUGCAAAUCUUCUCUCAGCCCCAUGGCAAAAUGUAUAGAAUUACAGGAAAUUAGCUUUAACUGCCUGAAGUUGAUGUCCAUGCCCCCGCGGAAAAUCAAUUAGCAUAAUAAAAAAAUCCCCAUAUAACUCUCUCCCACUUAUGUCGCACUUCCGCAUCUGAGGGGAAAGGUGACGGAGCUAGAGCAAUGUUAGUCAGACCAUGAGACAUCCCGAAAAAUCUGUUUGUCACAGAACCAGCUGUAGCGUCCGAACGGUUUAUUAUGACCCCUCUGUGUAAAGGUGAGACUUUCACGAACUCGUACAGGCCUCACAAGACUUGUCUGAAAGUCCCCCGGUACCAGUUAAAAAACAUUAAUGGAAGUAUAUAUGGAGAAUGUUUAGUGACGACAAUAAGGGGUUAAAUAUAUGUAAACAAACAAAUGUUUCCUGAUCUUUUUUAUAUUUCUCAGAUAUAGAACAGACACUUGAGAACAAACUUCCUUUUUUUUUGGAGGGGAGAAAAUAUCUGUUAUCCAUGUAGGGAAUCUGUUAUCCAUGUAGGGAAUCUGUUAUCCAUGUAGGGAAUCUGUUAUCCAUGUAGGGAAUCUGUUAUCCAUGUAGGGAAUCUGUUAUCCAUGUAGGGAAUUUAUUGAUCUUGUUGAUUAUUACUCUAGGAUUUCGGUGAUCAAAAUAUAUUGAUUGAUCUUGUUUCUGAUUUGCUCUUUUCUAGGUUUGUGGUGAUCCGAAGAGAGCGGUUGAUCCAGAGACACAUGGCGAAGCUGCGAGCCAGCCCCAGGCUGAACCAGGUGGACCGUGACGCCCUGCACUGGACCCCAGCUGUGGCCCUCAACUCUGUCCUGUCUGAGGAGGAGAGAGAGGCUGAGAUGGAUGUAAGUCUCUCACACACACACACACACACACACAGUGUUAUUCAACUUUCGUCCUGGAGAGCCAAUGGGUAUGCAGAUUUUUUGUUCCAGCCUAUCACUAAACACACCCGAGUCAAAUAAUCAACUUCAGUCUGGACUCUAGAUCAUGAUUAGGUAAAUCAGGUGUGUUUUUGUGCUGGGCUGGUACAAAAGCCUGCACACACAGUAGCUAGCUCUCCAGGACCUCUGCUGUAGUGUUAUAGACUUGGUAUGUGUCAGUGUCUUCAGCCGAGGCUGUGUGAUCUUUCAACACACCCACAGUCUGUUAAAUGGAUUGUUUGGUUAGCUUUAAGAGUUCAAACCAAGGCCAGUAAUGGGCAAAGCAUGUUCACUGUCACUAGGAAUUUAAUGUGGUGCAAAAUUGCCCCAAAUCAGUUCACUACAUAAUUAAUAGUACUAAAUAUGCCAUGAAAUGCAAUCUCUCCAUGGUUGCUUAACAGCGAACGCUUCCUCUGCUUUGACACGCACGCACGCACACACAAACAAACAUCCAAUCAACAAGAAGAGGCAGUCUAGUCUCGUUAUCAUGAGAACCUGUGGUGAUUCAAAUGUCAUGAUGUUAAUUCAAAUUGUGUGUGUUCAGGUUGUAUUUGUCACAUGUACCAGUACAGCGAAAUGCUUAACUUACCCUACCCAACAGUGCAGCAUUCAAUAUCAAAAAAGUAUCACUAAUAAUACAAUAAAAAUAAAAACAUGAGAAAUCAGAAAUAAGAAGUGGGAGCUGUACACUGAGUGUACAAAACAUUAGGAACACCUUCCUAAUAUUGAGCUGCACCCCCCCUUUUGCCCUCAGAACAGCCUCAAUUCGUCGGGGAAUGGACUCUACAAGGUGUCAAGCGUUCCACAGGGAUGCUGGCCUAUUUUGCUCCAAUGCUUCCCACAGUUGUGUCAAGUUGGCUGGAUGUCCUUUGGGUGGUGGACCAUUCUUGAGACACACGGGAAACUGUUGAGCGUGAAAAACCCAGCAGCGUUGCAGUUCUUGACACAAACCGGUGCGCCUGGCACCUACUACCAUACCCCGUUCAAAGGCACUUAAAUAUUUUGUCUUGCCCAUUCACCCUCUGAAUGGCACACAUACACAAUCCAUGUCUCAACUGUCUCGAAGCUUAAAAAUCAUUUUUAAACCUGUCUCCUCCCCUUCAUCUACACUGAUUGAAGUGGAUUUAACAAGUGACAUCAAUAAGUGAUCAUAGUUUUCACCUGGUCAGUCUGUCAUGGAAAGAGCAGGUGUUCCUAAUGUUUUGUACACUCACAGGGUAAAUGUUCAAUGUGCAGGGAUACUGGAGUAUUUGAGAUGGAUAUGUACAUGUAGGCAGGGAUUAGGAGAAAGUGACUGGUAGCAGGAUUAAUAAUAAUAAUAAUAAUAAUAAUAAUAGUAAACAGUGUAGAUAAAUUGUGUGUGUCAAAUAAUCAACGAAUAAUGUGCUGUGGAGACUUGUGGAGCAGGCAGACUGACCCUUGUGCUAUAGUCAGUGGUCAUGGUUAGAGCAGGCAGACUGACCCUUGUGCUAUAGUCAGUGGUCAUGGUUAGAGCAGGCAGACUGACCCUUGUGCUAUAGUCAGUGGUCAUGGUUAAAGCAGGCAGACUGACCCUUGUGCUAUAGUCAGUGGUCAUGGUUAGAGCAGGCAGACUGACCCUUGUUCUAUAGUCAGUGGUCAUGGUUAAAGCAGGCAGACUGACCCUUGUGCUAUAGUCAGUGGUCAUGGUUAGAGCAGGCAGACUGACCCUUGUGCUAUAGUCAGUGGUCAUGGUUAAAGCAGGCAGACUGACCCUUGUGCUAUAGUCAGUGGUCAUGGUUAGAGCAGGCAGACUGACCCUUGUGCUAUAGUCAGUGGUCAUGGUUAGAGCAGGCAGACUGACCCUUGUGCUAUAGUCAGUGGUCAUGGUUAAAGCAGGCAGACUGACCCUUGUGCUAUAGUCAGUGGUCAUGGUUAAAGCAGGCAGACUGACCCUUGUGCUAUAGUCAGUGAUCAUGGUUAAAGCAGGCAGACUGACCCUUGUGCUAUAGUCAGUGAUCAUGGUUAAAGCAGGCAGACUGACCCUUGUGCUAUAGUCAGUGGUCAUGGUUAGAGCAGGCAGACUGACCCUUGUGCUAUAGUCAGUGGUCAUGGUUAGAGCAGGCAGACUGACCCUUGUGCUAUAGUCAGUGGUCAUGGUUAGAGCAGGCAGACUGACCCUUGUGCUAUAGUCAGUGGUCAUGGUUAAAGCAGGCAGACUGACCCUUGUGCUAUAGUCAGUGGUCAUGGUUAAAGCAGGCAGACUGACCCUUGUGCUAUAGUCAGUGGUCAUGGUUAGAGCAGGCAGACUGACCCUUGCGUCUGUUUAUUUCCCCAUCAGCCUACGGAUUAGGAUGUUGAGCUCACUGCCUGCCUGUGUUUCUCAGAGAUAUUAUUAUUAUUAUUAUUAUUGUCAAUUUGUGUUUCUCAGAGAUGUUUUUAUUUUUAUUUCACCUUUAUUUAACCAGGUAAGCCAGUUGAGAACAAGUUCUCAUUUACAACUGCGACCUGGCCAAGAUAAAGCAAAGAAGUGCGAUAAAAACAACAGAGUUACAUAUGGGGUAAAACAAAACAUAAAGUCAAAAAUACAACAGAAAAUAUAUAUAUACAGUGUGUUCAAAUGUAGCAAGUUAUGGAGGUAAGGCAAUAAAUAGGCCAUAGUGCAAAAUAAUUACAAUUAGUAUUAACACUGGAAUGAUAGAUGUGCAAGAGAUGAUGUGCAAGUAGAGAUACUGGGGUGCAAAUGAGCAAAAUAUAGGGAUGAGGUAGUUGGGUGGGCUAAUUUCAGAUGGGCUGUGUACAGGUGCAGUGAUCGGUAAGGUGCUCUGAGAGAUGAUGAUAAUGUUUGUCGAUCUGUGUGUUCAUUUCAGGCUGAGCGACUGAAGGAGCAGGCUAGUUGCUGGGAGAAGGAGGAGAGAGAGGUGGCCUACCUGAUGACUCACCCUCGUCCUCCCACUAAGGUCUACAGUAAGAACCCCUACAGAACCCACCAGCGUCGCCACACCGCCGGAGAACAAGGCUUGCACGUCUCUGAGGAGUGUAGUGAGGAUGAUGAAGAUGAUUCUGAUUGGUCGCUGCCUAUCCUAACGAAUGCCCACGCCGUACUUGGAGUCAAGAGAAAGGUGAGAGCUAGAAAUGAGUUAUUUGUCACAUUGCCUCAUUGCAGGGUCAGGUGAAUGCUGUUGUCCUGUGGGAUUGGCUGGUUGGAGUCUUUACAUAGUGAUGGAAAAAGAAAUAAAUACAUUGAAUGUUAUGCAAUAGUUUCAUAAUUAGAUUGUUUUCAAUCAUUAUAUAUUGUGACUUAGUUUGUAGACAACACAUCUUAACAUACUAAGACAGAGGGAUGUGGGUAAAUGCUGUUGACUGCAAUGAAAGGUUCACUGGGUUCUUCAUAUCAGGUUGACCCUCCUUUCGGACCUCACAGUACAGCAGAUAUACAGUUGUGAUUUCUCUGGCGCUGUGGAGACCGUUGUGUGGCAGGCAGACUAAACCGUGUUCUGUAGUCAGUGGUCAUGGCUCAUUUUUAAACCCCUCCAUGGUUGUUUUCACAUCUGCGUUGUCUAUAGACCACUGCCCCCUUGUGGCGAAGAUAAUAUUCCACCAGAUUGUGGUCUAGAACAGUGUUUCCCAACUCUGGUCCUCCAGUACCCACAACAGUACACAUUAUCGUUGUAUCCCUGGACAAAACACAACCUCAUUUAACUCAUUGAGGGUUUGAUGAUUAGUUGAUAAGUUGAAUCAGGUGUGCUUGUACAGUGUUACAAUAAAAUGUGUGCUGUUGAGAAACACUGUUCUAGAAGUUAGGGUGCCUCUCUCUAUUUCACACAGCAGUAAUAUGGACAGCCAGAUGAUAAGACUGCCUGCUAAUGACUGCUGCAGUUAACUAGUGAAUUUGUAACAGGAUUGAUUUCAUAGUCUUCCCUGGGUUUAAUCGCUACAACGAAAAGAACAUGUCAUGCUUGUUAUACUCAGUUAGUGGAAAACAAGAUGAUAUGUAGAAUGAGGCCUGUGAUCCGAGUUAACUCUGCCAGUCUCAUUUGUGGUUCUCUGAACCAGGCAGCCUUCAUCUGUGGGAAAGAGUUGCUCAAGCGUCGAGGCUCACAUCGUGUGGUUGGAGCAUUUUGCAUUCAGAACAAGAGUUUACGACGAGGCCAGGUCCUCCCUGCAGACAUUUAACCAGAGUCUUGAGUAUCACCCUCUCUGUAGCUAGUAAACUGCAGAAAGAGUUUAGGAUUAUGUUUAACAUGUUAUCUGUUUGUCUGUCUUGGAGAGCAGUUGUGCCCAGAAAGUACUUUUUUAGUCCAUUACUAGGAUUAUUCUUUGUUCAGGAAACCGGCCCUAAAGUUGUAUAGAAAAGGUUGUGUUUAACAUUUGAUCUGUGUGUUCCAGAGAGGGAGAGCUGAGAGAGCUCUGGUCCUCAAGAAGAGAGGUCAGGAGAGGAGAUGGAUAAGUAGCAGUGUGACAACCGAGACCAUCUCGGAGACGACUGAGGUUCUGAACGAACCAUUUGACAACUCUGAGGACGAGAGGUCCAUGCCCCUGCUGGAGAGGACCUGCAGGGUGGGAGAGACGGAGGAGGAGCUGAGGAAACCAGUAAAGAGAUGCAGAGGUCGUCCACGGCUGGAGAAAAACACGUACAGAGACAACCGUGAACACUGGAACGAAGGUAACUCAAUCCUUCAGAUGUUUUUAAAGCUAUAUCACUAAGUAUACUGACAGUAUACAUUUUAAAAUGUGAACAUCAUUCGACACCAAUUUUCUCAAAUCACUAAUGACCUUUUCUCUUUCUACAUUGUAGGGGCCGGUGUGCUAGUGAAGAAACCGGGCAGACCUCGAGCAGUAAAGCGCAAGAAGGGCUGGCCCAAAGGAGUGAAACGGGGGCCUCCAAAAUGGCGGCUGAAGAAGGAGAGGAAGAUGGGCUUCAAGCUGAACCUGUACACACCCCCGGAGACGCCGCUGGAGGCCGAGGAGCAGCACAUCCAGGCCGAGGAGCCCAAGGAGGAGCUGGACCAGGCCUCUCCCAUUAUGGAGGCAGGGUCAGAGCCCAGCAGAGGCCUGGCCAGUCGGGAGAUAGACAAGGAGCUAGCCUCGAAGCUCUCAGAGCCCCACAGUCCAAUAGAGGAAGAGCGCUCCCCUGGGGUGUCUCCAGUGGCUUCUCCCAUGGCCUGCUCUCUGGUAGCCUCCCCUGUGACCUCUAGAGCCGUCUCACCCGUGACCUCUAGAGCCGUCUCCCCCGUGACCUCUAGAGCCGUCUCCCCCGUGACCUCUAGAGCCGUCUCCCCCGUGACCUCUAGAGCCGUCUCCCCCGUGACCUCUAGAGCCGUCUCCCCCGUGUCCUCUAGAGCCGUCUCCCCCGUGACCUCUAGAGCCGUCUCCCCCGUGACCUCUAGAGCCGUCUCCCCCGCGACCUCGAGAGCCGUCUCCCCCGCGACCUCGAGAGCCGUCUCCCCCGCGACCUCGAGAGCCGUCUCCCCCGCGACCUCGAGAGCCGUCUCCCCCGCGACCUCGAGAGCCGUCUCCCCCGCGACCUCUAGAGCCGUCUCCCCGGCGACCUCUAGAGCCGUCUCCCCUGCGACCUCUAGAGCCAGCUCCCCCGUUGGAUCCCCCAGUCGUGACAGCAGCCAGGAGACGCCAGAGCCACCAGAGGAUGACCCACAGGACAGGGAGCACGGGGCCUCUUCAUCCCCGUCUCUGUCUCCAUCCAAAGAGCUGGACAACAGCACUGAACGAUCAGCCGAGGAGGAGGAGGAGGAGGCCACACACCUGGAUGCAGACGGUGAAGACGAGAGUCACGUUGAGUCGACAGCAGAGGCUGAGAAACACCGAGACAUGCAGCAGCUGGAGCCAGGGCCUUGUAAAGAGCCUUGUAAAACUGAGGCCUACACCACCCCGGCUUUUUUACAUCCAAACCGUGAGGAUUCUGAACAACGUCAGGAGGAGGAGUCUGUAGUUGUGGCCUAUAGACAUGAGAAGGAGCAGCCUGCCAACACUGCAGAAGAGAGAAGUGACCGUAUCCAGGAACAGGCACCAACAACCUCAGCAGUAGCAGUAGACUCUGACCACCCCAUUGACUCUGAGUCAGAGAGCAGCAGUCAGGAGGCUCCUCACCAGCCACCGCAGACAGAGAGGGCUAGAGAGAGGCUUGGAGUGCUGAGUCCUGCUGUCGUGCUAAGAGACGGAGAGGAGAUUGAUCCUCCGGUUUACCCUGAGUCUGAUGUGGACCAGGAGACGGCACAGGCCGUACAGAGCCUCACCCAGGAGACGGAGCACGACCCAGAGACACUGAGGGAUAGCGCCAGCUCGGUGUUCCACCAGGACUAUAUGGAGAGAGAGACCCAGGAGGCGUGCCGGAGCCUGCAGACUUACACCCACCACGUGGCCCCACAGAGUCCCCCUCACACCCUAACUUCGCUGGACGAAGGCUGCCCCCAGUCGGACCACAGCAGCCCCCUGUCCUCGGCCCACUCCCACCCCAGCCAGUCGGUGCGCUCAGUCAGCAGCCCGGCUGUGUCCAUCCUGGAGAGUAGCGGAGGUAGCAGCAGUGGAGGAGGCUACACCCAGAUCAGUCCUGACCACGCCUCCAUCUCUGUCCCCUCCUCCCUCCACAACAUGGCAACCAGCCCCAUGAUGGACGUGCCAUCAGUGUCGGACCACUCGUCCCAGCAGGUUGUGGACAGUGGCUUCAGUGACCUGGGCUCCAUCGAGAGCACCACAGAGAACUACGAGAACCCCAGCUCCUACGACUCCACGCUGGGGGGCAGCAUCUGCGGCGGGGCCGGGGGUCCCUCUCAGAACAGCUGCUCCUACGGCGCCCUCCCCCCCAGCGGCCUGGCACAGAGCAGCUGUGCCGUCAGCCAGCAAAUGGCGGGCGUCAACCCUGGCAGCUGUGGCAUGAUUCAACAGAAUAGCCUGAGCUCCCCGCAGCACUGCAACGUCAAGUCACCACAGGGCUGUGUGGUGGUGGAGAGACCACCGAGUAACAGUCAACACAGUCACAGUCAACACAGUCAACACAGUCACAGCCAUACAAUCACACACAAUCCCCACGGCCAUACUAGGCACACUAUCACUCCACACGGUCAACACAGCCAGCUAACGCAACACAGCCCGUACACACACCCGCACCCUGCACACAGCCAGCUGACGCAACACAGCCCGUACACACACCCGCACCCUGCACACAGCCAGCUAACGCAACACAGCCCGUACACACACCCGCACCCUGCACACAGCCAGCUACAUAGUGUACGUCAUAAUCAGCUCAGCCAGCACAGUCAACACACCCUUCACAGUCAACACGGCACCAGCCAGCACAGCCGCUGUCAGCAGCAGACCAUGCCACAGUGUGUCAUGCCCACCAACUUCACAGUACCCAUGCAGCUAGCCGACAGCCCAGAUUCAGGCAACGCCAACCUGAGCAGCUUCUACGAGAGGAUGAACCAGGAGGGCUAUAGCAGCGGUCAUUACUCCCAGCCCUCGGCCACCUUCAGCCUGGCCAAACUGCAGCAGCUGACCAACACCCUUAUGGACCACCCUCACUCUCUGCCUUUCAACCACUCCCACUCAGCCUCUCACCCCCACUCAGCCUCUCACCCCCACUCAGCCCUCACCCCCACUCAGCCUCUCACCCCCACUCAGCCUCUCACCCCCACUCAGCCUCUCACCCCCACUCAGCCUCUCACCCCCACUCAGCCUCUCACCCCCACUCAGCCUCUCACCCCCACUCAGCCUCUCACCCCCACUCAGCCUCUCACCCCCACUCAGCCUCCCACCCCCACUCAGCCUCCCACUCCCACCCCAUCACAUCCUAUACAAACAGUGCCUCCCUGUCAUCUCACUCUCAGCACUCUGGCCUGGUGUCCCAGUCCCCCCACCCCGGAGGCCACCCCCACCCCCACGGGGUCUCUCCUCACCCUGGGGGCUCCCAGGUCCAGGUGCAGGCCACCAUGA